GUUAUGAGCUAUUACUCUUUGUUAGCCAGGGACCUACGUGUGUACCUGGCUAUCGAACAUUUGACACGAAAUCAAAGAUAGAUGAAGCUGGGCCCUAAGGAGUAGGGCUGUUCCAUAAACAGAUCCAAGCAAUCUCAAGAUGGCUAUUUCGCUCGAAUGUUCAGUUGGAUUUCAUCACUGCCCAAAUGUUUACAGAAUGUUCUGUAAACACGAACCUACUGCACUCUUGGUAAAGUUGGAGGAUGUAAAAGCAGAGAACAUGCAGAAGUGCCUGCAUCCCAGAAAAUCAGCAAAGAAAAAAGUUAAGCUGAUACGGCUUCACCAGGGGCAAAUUGCAAAUACAACCGCUUCAAGGGCCAACUUAAGACCAAGGAGACCGACUGAGAAUGAAGGACUCGGAAGGAACUCGGAAGAAUUGCAAACUUCGGGCUGCCCCCGAAAUGCUUUCUGGUCUCAACGAGCCAUUCCAUUGCUUUGAACCCUGAUAGAUUUGUAACAUGACUGUUUUUUGCAAAGAUUGCUGCUAGUUGUGUUACUGUGUAUGUUUACAAACAAAACCAACCAAUCAAUACAAAAAAUAGUCAUUAGUUUUUCUAGUAA